AUGCCUUCCCUUCACCUUGCUUCCCUAGCUCUAGCGCUCAUCGCCGCGGUUCCGCAGGCGGAGGCCGUGCAGGUCCUCCUGGCGGGCGACUCGACGAUGGCCAACACUGGGGGCGGUGGUAACACUGGGACUGCAGGCUGGGGCAAAUAUCUCGGACAAUACCUCAGUAUUUCCGUGACCAACAAUGCCAUUGGCGGUCGCUCGGCCCGCUCGUACACUGACGAGGGCCGCUUCGAUACCCUGAUCAGCCAGGCGGCGAAGGGCGACUACGUGGUCAUCGAGUUCGGCCACAACGAUGGGUCGGCGGGGUCGGUGGACAAUGGGCGUCAGGAUGCGCAUAGCAAUGGGUAUGAUGAUACGGAGGUUGUGUAUGAUUCGAGCGGAAAUGCGAUCACGAUUCAUUCGUAUAACUACUACAUCACGAACGCGGUGAAGUCGCUGCAGGCGAAGGGCGCGAUCCCCAUCGUCUCGUCCCAGACGCCAAAUAACGGCUGGACUGACGGCCACAUCGGUGAGCCUGGGCGCUUCGUACAGUAUGCGGCGGACGUGGCAGCAAAUACAUCUUCGACGUACAUCGACCACUACGCCUACGUCGCGCAAGCGUACAAUGCAUUGGGCGAGACCACGGUGAACGCCUUCUACCCGGUCGACCACACGCAUACGUCGCCCGAAGGUGCGGACGUGGUUGCGCAGGCCUUCGUCCGUGGCUUGUUGUGCAGCGACAGCGGGCUCAAGUCAUCCGUGAAUAGCGCUGGGCAGGCCGUACCGAGUAGGUUGCUCUCGAACAUGGCGAGCAUGGAUGCCUAUGAGGACCCUGAGGACCUGGUGGGCCUGUGCCUUCGAUCUGACUGCCAGCUGGGGGGUAUUUGACGUGCAGCAAUCAAGAAAUAUUCAUGAUUUGACGCUAUUCUCGUGAGAAUGAGAGACUCUUCUCUCAGCGACUUCCUUCCACGUGAAGUUCUGUUGGCAAGGCUCGUUAUGCCUGGCUCACGUAGUAUCGAUCUGCAUCCUUCCCCGGAUCAGAGAUUUCGGGAAACAAAGCCAGGGACCUUCGAUCAUGGGUUAUCGGAGAUCGUAAUCAGCUAGCUUUAGGACCUUGAUCCCGGAGGAGAAAAGCGGGCAAGGGUUCUGCGGAGAGCAGCUGACCUGCAAUGUUUGUGUCCUUCGAAAAUCAGCGCGAGACGUAGGCCUGUAACAGUCGACACGUUGCGCUUUCCAG